CCUCUAUACACUCACCCAUUAUUCAAUACAAACCACCACAACCUCAUAUCGCUCAUUAAUCGAGAAAGGAUACCAGUCUCAGUUAUCAACCAAUACCCAAAAAAGGACUCCAGGAUCGGUUGUCGCGAUGCCGCCCAACGACAAGGCCGGGCGCGUCGUUUUCAUCGGCAAUAUUCCCUAUGGCGGCACCGAAGAGCUCAUUGUCGAGACGCUCGGUCGCGUUGGCCAAGUUCUCAACUUCCGCCUCGUGUACGACAAGGAGACGGGCCGACCCAAGGGAUUUGGCUUCGCAGAGUUCGCCGACGCCGACGCAGCAGCCUCCGCGGUGCGCAAUCUGAACGACUACGAGGUCAUGGGCAGGAAACUGAGGGUAGACUGGUCCAACGACAAUGGCGCCGGCGAUAAUGCGCCCACGAGCUACGCUGCCCCCAGUGCGCCGAUUCCUAUGAACGGACAACCCGACCCAGCGGCCGGUGCGCAGUCGGGCGCGCUUCCUCCUCUCCCGCCGGGCGCAGAGCUGGCGCCAAAUGUCACCGUCCCCGAUGCUAUCUCGCGCACGCUGUCUACGCUCCCACCCUCCCAGCUUCUCGAUAUUCUCUCGCAAAUGAAGGGCCUGGUCAUGUCGGACCCUGGCAAGGCAAUGUCGCUCCUCCGAGACGCACCCCAGCUCGCGUACGCCAUAUUCCAGUCGCUCCUGCUUCUCAACCUCGUGGACCCCAGCGUGCUGGGCUCGCUCAUCGAAGCUCCCGCAGCUGCUGCCGCGCCUCCACCCCAACCCCAACCACCAGUCCCACAACCGCAACCUCCUCGCAACUACCCAGUAUACCCACCACAGCCGGUUCCGACGCCCCCUCAGGUCCAGGCACCUCCACCACAACCGUAUGGACAGCCUCCGCCUCAGCAGCCACAGCCCGCUGUGGAUCCACAACAGGCGUACGCUCAGAUCUUGGCCAUGACUCCGCAGCAGGUCGACGCCUUGCCGGAACAUGUUCGCAAUCAAGUCAUGCAGCUACGGCAGAUGCUCAUGGGUGGCGGGCGACCGUAGUGUGAUUUCCCAUCUUGGCUUGAGCAGAGCGUCGAGGAAGAGUUCGAUGGAAACUAUAUCACAUACCCCAAAAGCGUUUACUUGGAGAGACCGGUUUCACCUGGGGCAACGUCUGUCGGAACGCCUUCAGAGAGCUCGACUGCAGAUUGGCCA